UUUCACUGAAUUACAUCAGAUACAUCGACACCUUAAAACUUUAUCACAGGCCCGGCAUACAUCUAAAUUAAUAAGCUCAGAAUGGCGGGGCAGAAAAUAAAAGCGGUUGUGCUGGAUAUUGAGGGCACCGUCUGUCCCAUUUCUUUCGUCAAGGAUGUUCUUUUCCCCUACUCUCUGCACGCUCUCCCCUCUGUGCUCUCCACUCAAUGGGAUUCUCCAUCUUUCGCUCCCUUCCGGGACGCAUUCCCCGCCGAAGCACGCACCUCUCCCGCCGCAUUCGAGGCACACGUGCACGAUCUUACCGCCAAGGACGUCAAGAUUGCGUACCUCAAGGGCCUGCAAGGGUAUUUGUACCAGCACGGGUACGCGACAGGGGCCUUGAAGACGCCGUUUUUCAGGGACGUGGCGCCGAGUAUUAAGCGCUGGAAGGAAGAUUCAAGGGGACUGAUGGUGGGGAUUUAUUCUUCAGGGUCGAUUUCUGCGCAGAAGUUGCUGUUUAGGUAUGCGGCUUUGGAUACGGCAGCGAGUGCGACUACGAAUGCCGCGUCUUCGUCGGCCUCAAAAGGAGCUUUGACGGAGUCAAAGGGUGCUGAGAACGAGGAAGAAAAUGAGGCUGAGGAGAAAAAAGGGACUGAGACCGAGGACCUUACGCCGCUGCUGUCGGCAUACUACGACACGACGACGGCAGGAUACAAGGCCGAGUCGUCAAGCUAUACGUACAUCUCGCGCGACCUGGACCUGGCGCCCGAGGAGAUUUUGUUUCUGAGCGAUAGCGUCAAGGAAGUAGUUGCGGCAAGAGCGGCUGGGUUGAGAGCGAAGGUUGUCGUGAGAGAGGGGAACCCGGUGCUGAGUGAUGAGGAAAUGGAGCAAGCGGUGGAGAAUGGAGAGGAGAUUGUUACGAGUUUGGAGGAUGUGGAUGUUUAGAUGUUAGAUGGUGAGAUGUGGAGUCUCGAAGGAGGUUUUGAGUGGUUGUAUGAUUUUAUCUUAGAACGAGAGGGUAAAUAGCUAUAGACUGA